UCUCCGCCAGUCCACGCGCUCCCCCUAAACAAUGGCGGCCGACGACGCGCCGCCGGCCAAGCCCCCUCCACCGCCGCAGGACACAGCCGCCGGCGCCGAGGCCCUGGCGGCCUACCUGGGCCUCGCCUUCGCGCUCUUCCUCGCCUCGCUCCCGGGCGGCGCCGCCGGCGCGCGCCACGUCGCGUCGUUGCAGUCGCGGGGCCGGGUCCUGGCGACGCGCCUCCUCGCCGCCGAGGACCAGCUGCGGCAGCUGCGGGCGCGCCGGCGCGAGGACGCCCGGGCCAACGCGCGCGCCGCCGAGAUCUUCGCGGGCCACCGCGCGUCCUGGGCCGAGGCCGAGCGCCGCCUGCUGGCGCGCGCCGCGGCCGCGGGCGACGAGGCCGCCAACCUCCGCGCGCGCCUCGCCGACGCCGAAGCCCAGGCCGCCGCGCUCCGGGCCCGCGCCGACCGCCUCGAGCGCGACGCCGCCGACCGCGACGCGCUGCUCAACGCGCUCCUCGCCGCCACCGGCAACGGCGCCGGGCAUGAAGAACACGGUGCGCGGCAGCACCAGCGCGCGUCGGAUCCGGCCGAGGGCUACGGCGACACCGACGCGGAGGCCCUGGCCGCCGCCGCGGCGCUCUACGCCCAGCAGCGGCAGCAGCAGGACGGCUUCGGCGGCGGCGACGACUUCUACACCUCCUCCUCGUCCUCCGCGGCGGCGGCGUCGGGAAUGCCGCCCUGGAUGGACUCGCGCUCGAAAGGGUGGCAGGACAUGAAGUACGAAUCGGUUGAGUCAGUGUACAACACAAAGCAUGCUGUACCACGGAGAGAAUCACCAUGGAAGGUGGAUGUGGAAUCGUCAGGAGUUCCUGCAAAGCUUCGGCAGCUUGAGCAGGAGUUAAUUAAUCUGGAGAAGGUUGGAAAUGGAGAUCUAUCCAAGAUCCCGUUGGUGCUGAGGAAGCAAGUAAAGAGAUACCAAACUCUUGCCGGGAAGAUUGAGGAUCUCUGCAAACGAAUGCAAGCGAAUGACCCUUGUGAUUCGACACUUAACUCGGAGUUCAGAACACAGCGGCAGACAGAGUACUUGCUGGAAGCGUUCCACCUUCAGCACCGAGCAGCUGAAACAAGGCAGAAGCUCGGCACAGUGCAAGCAGAGACCGCGAAAAGCAGCUUCGGCGACGAGCUGCCAGCAGAAGCCAAAGUGGGCACAAGAAGAGCACUGAGUUCAGUCAGGAACAACUUCAAGGAAAUCCAGCGAAGCCUGGAGAUUUGGCUGGCGAGGAUCCUCGGAGACCUCGAGGGCAUGCUGGCGAGGGACGGGGCAUCCCGGAUAAGAGAGUACAUCCUGUCCCCCUACGCGUCUGCUGUUCGAUGAGCACGGCUGCUAUGGAGCAUUUCUGGCCUCAUUCAUCGAUGUGCGCACUACAUUGAUGCACCGUAGUCAGGUAAGUUACAUGAAUGCAAAUUCAGCAUGUGAAGUCAUCAGACUCCCUGUGUUCUUGGUUGGUAUUAUUGCAACCCUUGGCAAAUGUGAAGAGGGGUGAUCUAAGACCAUGUCAAACCGCAGAUCACAUUUUGACCCAACCCUCUGCAAUCUCAUCUCUUUCUCCUCCCAGUAUCAAGGUUUGACACGGAAUCUGGUCAUGUUUUAGAUCACUUCUCUUCACAUUUUAUCAAGAUUACCACUGUCAAGAACACCGCGUGACAGGGGUGCAUCCAGUUUGCGUGCUCGUGGUGUUUAUGUCCCUUGCCGUAGUUCAUUUGGGUAGCAGUUGUGCAUGUGGUAUGUGCUUAUGAUUCUGAUGGAUCCAUCAUAUUUACUGUAUGCCUGUAUGUAGCACAUUUCUUUGGUGCACAGAAUUGUACCAGCCUUGUUAUUAGUCUAUAAGAUUAUUACUGGUCUGUGUACAUUGGUGAUUGUUGAUGCCA